CCCAGACCUCCAUAACCACACAUUAAACCCAGCGGUUUUUCUACCCGUUGGUUAUGAUCUACCUUUCCCCUUUGCCCAUGGAGCAUUUCCCAGAGUGGAAAUCCCAUACUUGGAUGGUUCAGCAUGGUGUAGAGCCUCAUGUGGUCUUGACAGCACCUGUCAGUGGCCAUAUCUCAGGCACUACUGCACCAAUUGGGACAAAUGAGGGUUCGUUGGAAAGCUAGAGA